UGUCCUCCAAUCAUUCGGAUCCCAACAUGAAUAGGGUAUACAACCUACAUGCUACACUGAUCAAAACCGGCCAACACAACAACCCCCUCUCUCUCCGAACCUUCUUCCUCCGCUGCGCAGAGUUACCGUCCGCCGACACCGCAAGCUAUGCCGCCGCCGUGUUGCUCCGCUUCCCCAUACCCGACCCGACCCCCUACAACACCGUCAUCCGACACCUGGCACUCCACUCUCCCACCCUUGCCACCACCCUCUUCUCCCACAUGCACCGAACCGGCGUCCCCGUCGACCACUUCACCUUCCCCCUCAUCCUCCGACACUCCCUCCCUCGCCUGAAACCCCACCACCUCCACCCCCUCAUUCUCAAGCUUGGCUUCGCUUCCAACAUCUUCGUCCAGAACGCACUCAUCAAUGCAUACGGUUCUUCUGGCUCCCUCAACCUGGCAGUGCACCUGUUCGAUGAAAUGCCCCAGAGGGACCUGGCUUCUUGGUCCACCUUGAUUGUUUGUUUCACCAACAACGGUUACCCUGCUGAAGCCCUUUCACUUUUCCAACAAAUGCAGCUGGGUGACCCUCAGGUUCCGGAAUCCACUGAUGGGGUUAUGAUGCUGAGCGUGAUAUCCGCAGUUUCGAGCUUAGGUGCUUUGGAAUUGGGCAUCUGGGUUCAUGCUUAUAUUCGUAGGGCUGGGCUUGGCCUUACUGUUCCGCUCGGUACUGCUCUUAUUAACAUGUACUCGAGAUGUGGGUCGAUUGAUCGUUCGGUCAAGGUGUUCGAGGAAAUGCCGCAUAGGAACGUGGUUACGUGGACCUCGUUGAUUACUGGCCUUGCGGUUCAUGGUCGUAGCAGGGAAGCUCUGAGAGCGUUUCGUGACAUGAGGGAGGCUGGUUUGAGGCCUGACGGUGCUGCGUACACCGCUGCGUUGGUGGCUUGUAGUCAUGGCGGUCUUGUGGAGGAUGGGUGGCGGGUUUUCGAGAGCAUGCGGAGUGAGUAUGGCGUUUAUCCCAUGCUUGAGCAUUAUGGUUGCAUGGUUGACCUUCUUGGCCGUGCUGGGAUGCUCCUUGAAGCUUUUAAAUUCGUGGAGGAUAUGCCUAUCAAGCCAAACUCUGUCAUUUGGAGGACCUUGCUUGGGGCGUGUGUGAACCACAAUGAUCUUGUGUUAGCUGAGAAGGCCAAGGAGAGGGUCAAUGAGCUGGACCCUCAUCAUGAUGGUGAUUAUGUGCUUUUAUCCAAUGCAUAUGGUGGAGUUGGUAACUGGGGUGGGAAGGCUGGCGUGAGAAAUUCUAUGAGGGAGAAUAGAAUUGUGAAGGAGCCUGGCCUUAGUGUGGUUCACAUUGAUCAAGUGGUUCAUGAGUUUGUAUCUGGAGAUAAUUCUCAUCCACAAUGGGAGGAGAUUAUGAAGUUUUUAGUUUCAGUCGUAGAUACCAUAAAACUUGGAGGUUAUGCCCCUAACACGUCCUCUGUGCUACAUGAUAUUCAGGAGGAAGAGAAAGAGCAUAGUCUGGGCUAUCAUAGUGAGAAAUUGGCUGUGGCUUUUGUGCUUCUUUAUCACAGGGAUAGGAAGGCCAUUAGGGUCAUCAAGAAUCUUAGGAUUUGUUAUGACUGUCAUAGUUUCAUGAAGCAUGUUUCAGGUAUCUUUGACAAAGAUAUAAUUAUUAGGGAUCGAAAUCGGUUCCAUCAUUUUAGCAAGGGAUCAUGUUCUUGCGGAGAUUUUUGGUAAAUCAAGAUAGUUCAGGUAUAAAAUGAUAUUUUAACAAUCAUUUGUCUGAAUCAUUAAGUGCCGUUUGGACUUUGGCGUUUGAGUUGGGCAUAGAGUUAAAGUUUGGGAUUAGCAUUGGACAUCUUAAUUCUUUCUCAUAGGCUCUUUUAGAAGGGAGUUCAAUUUCUAACCUCCAUCACUCCAUCUCUAACCCCCUUUUAAUGUACUAAAAAUAUUGUAAUGCCCGGAAUUAAGUUCACUAUCGAGUUCUGAAA